GAGAUGGUUACAACUAACCUUCCAAAUCGUCAUGAUCUGUACGCAUGGAGGAGAGAAGAAAUAAGCUCCGAAGCAGUCAACACCUACUAAAAUUUCCGCUGAGCAACCCGAUUGCGUCCAGAGAAGGUUUCAAAUGGGGCUGUUCAUCUAUUUGCAGGUCAACUCCGACUCUCUUACGUACGCACACACACAAAGAUCUAAUAAUUUUCUGCGGCAAUUAAUUAUUACCGUCGAGUACGAGAGGUGGCGAAGAGGAAAAGAGGGUCUGAUGUUGUCAUGACAGCCAUAACCCUAUGAGGUUGCCAGGGAGAGGCACGAGGGGCGGUGGAGUAGUUAGAGUCUAAUAGUUUGCCCCCUCUAUUUCGCCCUCGAUCAUGGCCGGCAUCCAUGGACCAGUACAUGGAGAUUGAAGGCUAGCUGAGGACUAUUGCAACUCGGAGAUGGGGAGCAACGCGAACUUGUUGAGGAGCUUCAGCAGAGUGGAACCUCAGACCCUGAGUUUUGUCAUCUUCACAGGAUGCUUCCUCAUCUCCAUGGCCCUUCUUGUUGUGUCCGCAGGCUCUUUUGUCUCCUUUCCCAGUUUGAACUCUUGGCUGUCAUCUCACGCAGCUUCUCCUGUUCCUGGGGCGCAUGAAAAUUUCAAUCCUCAGAACCCGGACAUAGUGAACCAAAAUGAGAAUUUACAGAGAAAGCCCUUGUGUGACACUUCUGACAGAAGAGCAGAUAUUUGUGACAUGGAGGGUGAUAUCAGGAUCCAUGCAAACUCUUCCUCCAUCUUCUUUAUAACUUCCUCAAAUCGGAACACUACAGAACUGCAGGAAUCAUGGCGGGUAAAGCCUCAUCCUCGGAAGGGAGAUCUUGCUGCAUUAUCUCGUGUUACUGAAAUGUCAGUAGGCUAUUUGAGUAACAAUGAAGAUGUUCCGAAAUGUGACAUCAAGAGCUCAGUUCCAGCAAUCAUCUUUGCGACUGGUGGUUAUAUGGGCAACUUCUUCCAUGAAACCACUGAUCUGAUAAUCCCCCUAUACAUAACGUCGCAUAAAUUCAAUGGGGAAGUUCAGUUUCUUAUAAGUGACAUGCUCCCAUGGUGGAUUACAAAAUACGAACUAUUACUAAAGAAGUUGUCUCAUUAUGAGAUCAUUGAUUUCAACAGGGAUCCUCUGGUUCGUUGCUAUCCUCGUGUUAUUGUCGGCAUUACAUUCCACAGGGACAUGAGUAUUGAUCCUGCAAGAUCCGGUGGUGUUACAAUGUUUGAUUUUGGACAAUUUAUAAGAAGCACUUACUCACUGAAGAAGGAGAGAGCAAUUAAGCUAGGAGCAAAUCAAGAUAAGAAGCCUAGACUUUUGAUUAUUUCAAGGAAGAGGACGAGAAAGUUCACCAACGUUGAUGAGAUAGCUCGAAUGGCAGAAUGGGAGGGCUUUGAACCUGUCGUAUCAGAGAUUAAGGAAAAUCAAAGUUUGGUGGAAUUUGCACAUACAGUGAACUCAUGUGAUGCAAUGCUGGGAGUGCAUGGUGCUGGGCUAACCAAUCUUAUAUUCCUCCCAACCAAUGCGGUAGUGAUCCAGGUUGUUCCUUUGGGUGGAUUGGAGACAUUUUGUUGGGCUGACUAUGGGGUGCCCACUUUAGAGAUGAAGAUGAGGUACUUGCAGUAUAGCAUAAGCAUCACGGAGAGCUCACUAGUAGGCCGGUAUGGUAUAACCGAUCCAGUGGUUACAAACCCAAAAGUCGUUCUGGAUCAGAAGGAUGGUUGGCGCAAUUGGACCUCAAUAUACUUUUUCAAUCAAGAUGUGAGGCUUGAUGUUGGCAGAUUCAGAAGUGUCCUCACGCAUGCUCGCGAACUUCUUCAUCAGUAGGAAGAUAGUGCGAUCGGAUCGACUUAUAGUUGUCUUCUCAAAUCAACUUACUGCAGCAUCUCAUCUUUCGCUAUGAGGUUUGGGCUGAAUUUGAAGUUCCUGAUGUACAUAUAAGAACAUGUUUAGAGUCUGAAUUUUUCUGGUUCAUUUGGAGAGGCACUCAGACAUGACAAUUUUUCUCAGCAUUCACAAACAGAAGUUAAGUUGCUUGGUUUUGCAUGAUAAUAUAUCAACAAAAAGGAACUUGAAAUUUUACAGUUCAUGAGAGAUAUAUAUUCCGAGGUCAGUCCUUUUUGCAGUGAUUUGUUCUUGAGAAAAACAUGAGCAUGAAUCACUUGCUCCUUCUUGAUUAAGCAAGAAACAGAGUAUGCAUAAAUGUUCCAAGACAAACUCAUUUUUGCAGUUACUUGUUCUUGAGAAAAAAAAACUUGAGCACGGUCUUGUUUCUCGAUUUCAGUUUUUGCUUCUCGCAUCGAUCUCUUGUUUGUGAAUCACUGUAAUAUGGCAUCCGAUUGGUUUUUACAUGCAACAAGAUGUCAAUAAAUCACCUUAUAUCA